AUGGCUGCAAAUCUUUUUCAGUGUCGUUCCCUUUGGAUGAUCACUAUAGUUUUUUGCUCAUCUUUGGUUACAUUUUCUUCUUGCCAAUCAAGUGGCUUUUCAUUAGCUGUUGCAACUUUUUAUACUGAUUCUGGAAGUGGUGGAGCAUGUGGGCUAGAAAAUGACGUGGCAAGUUCUCCUUACAAUGCAAUGAUCACAGCGGGGAAUCAAGCUCUUUUUAAGCAAGGUGCUGGAUGUGGUGCAUGCUACCAGGUGUUAUGCAACCAAACUCAGAAUUUACAUUGUUCAGGAAAUCCAAUAACGGUAACCCUUACAGACGAGUGUCCUGGAUCAUGCAAUGAUGAUCCAAUUCACUUUGAUUUAAGUGGAAUUGCCUUUGGAAAAUUGGCAAAGUCUGGUGAAGAUGCAGAAUUGCAUAAAGCAGGAAGAAUUCAAAUUUUUUAUAAAAGGGUUCCAUGUAAUUACAACACGAAUAUAUUGUUCAAGGUAGACAAAGGCUCCAAUGAUAAUUUCUUGGCGGUUGUAUCAGAAGCAGUAGAUGGAGAUGGUGACCUUUCUUUAGUUGAAAUCCAAACAACAGGAGGGAAGAGUACAUGGUCUCCCAUGAAUAGAAUGAUUGGAUCAACUUGGAGUGUUGGCAUAGAACCAAACACACAAAAACCUCCAUUUUCUCUCAAACUUACUUCUGGAACUAAGCAGAGUGUCAUUGCUCAAAAUGUCAUUCCACCUGGUUGGAAACCAACAGCAGUUUAUAAAUCAAAUGUUAAUUUUCCCACCCAACUAUAG